AUGAAGACAGCAGAGAUCAGAUUCUCUCUACAGACACCUCGACAGCACACAGAUCCAGCCAUGGCACCUACAAUCACUGCACCAAUGACCAACUCUCAGGAGCAUCUGACUCUGACCCACAAGCUCAGAAAACCUCUGGUGGAGAAGUUACGCAGAGAGCGAAUCAACAGCAGCAUCGAGCAGCUCAAGUCUCUGCUGGGUCCAGACUUCCUCAAACAGCAGCCAGACUCCAAGCUGGAGAAAGCAGACAUCCUGGAGAUGAUCGUUUGCUUCCUGACACAGCUGCAGCAGCAGAAUCAACAGCAGAGAAGACUGCUGAACCUUGUCAACAAGCUGCAGUCUUCCUCUGAUAAAAACCUGAUGGAGGCUGACUUCUCUCUCCUGAGCUCCACAGUCCAGACCAGCAUCACCAAAGAGAACAGUCCAGUCAACAGCGCCCUCUGGAGGCCGUGGUAGACACUUACAGACUGGACUUACUACUAGACAA